AAGCUGAUGGCGGACGAGAACUCCAAAUUGCCCGGGAAAAUUCCAGCUGUCGAUAACUCCAAGACAGCGUGAGAGUUCAGCUCCCCCACUGGGCCCCACCCAGGUCGUGCCACGUGUACGUUGCCACCAACUUGACCGUUUACGCGUCGCUUUCCAACGAACGAACGCACACUGCAUAAGACUUUAGCAUUCGGCAGUUCUUCUCCGUCCGGGAGAGAGUGAAUUUUCGUCGGCAUUGAAGGCGCCAAAAUUUUCUAGGGUUCUGGAGAUUUCGGAUGCGCGCAAAUGUCGUCGUCGGCGGAGACCAGCGACGGAGAGCACGAGGUGGAGCUUAUCGUGCACGACCCAUCUGCAUCGGGGGAUGACGGUGGCGCGGCCGUCGCGGACGAUAUAGCCCCGCUCUUGAUGCAGCCGGAGAAGCCCAAAAUCAACAUUUUCACCCUCUCUUAUCCUCGAGGAACAUCUAAGGAUCAGGUACGGAAACCACUUGAAAUGGAGACAUCCUCAGUAGCUCAAUUUAUUUCGUGGGUAUGGAGUGGAUCGAGAUACUCCGGUCUAUUGUGUACGGCUAUCUCAUGUACCAUCUACUUUGUCAUGGAAGUUUUUGCUGAUGUUUUUUCUGUUCAGUCCAUUCCCUUGCUUGAGGCAGCAUUUACAAGGUGUACGAUUAUCUUGGUAUUGUCAUUUGUGUGGUUGAGAAAGUGUGGACAGCCAGUAUCUGGAUUGGCAACUGUAAAAAAUCUUUUGAUUUCCAGAGCCCUUACGGGGUAUAUCUCAUUGAUGUGUUUCAUUUAUUGCAUUCAAAGGUUACCUUUGUCUCAGGCUAUUGUAUUGAGCUUCACAACUCCAAUUAUGGCUUCAGUUGUGGCAAGAAUCAUUCUACAUGAGAAGUAUAAGAUUGCAGAUGUUGGAGGUCUUGCGUGCAGUUUCUUUGGUGUGCUCUUCAUUUACCGACAAAUGCUUACCACACAAGAUAAAAAUGGAGGAAAGAAUACAAGUGUAAGGGGAAGCAGCUAUAUCUUUGCAGUCUUGGCCGGUUUACUCUCAUCCAUAACUGGUGGAAUCAGCUACUGCCUUACAAAGGCUGGAUCAAAGGCAUCUGAUCAGCCACUGUUGACCGUAUUUUCAUUUGGUUUGCUGGCUAGUCCUGCUGCAGGAUUUUGUUUGUUUGCCGUUGAGGAGUAUGUUUUCCCAAAUUUAUAUUCAUUUUCAGUUAUGCUUGUACUCAGUGUCCUGGCCUUUUUUGCAGAGGUGUUCUUAGCACGUGGACUGCAGCUUGAGAAAACUGGCAAAGUUGCAAAUGUUAUAUACAUGGAGGCUGCACUGUCACAAUUAUGGGGCAUUGGAUCGUCGAGGAUAGCUCUAUCUUUUGGUCGAAUUAUCGGUUGUGUGCUUAUUUUGGUUUCUGUUAGUUGCACCAUGUAUAUUGGACCCGAUAAAGAUACGGAAUGAAAGGUACAAAUUCUUCUGAUGUACCUCCUGUUCAUUAAAUUGUAUGCACUGACACCUGAUUAUUUCUCCGCUUCAAUAGUUCAAUGCAAGAUAGCAAAAGCAAAAGUUAGAGCCUUCA